AUGCCGUUCGGAAUCAAUAACCCGCUACCCUCGUCGAUGAGGAGCGAGUGCAAGAAGGCCGGCAAAAUCCUCGCAUCUUUUGUCGACCCCAGACAGAGCUUUGGACCUGAUAAAGUCAUCCCACCCUCCAUCCUCGCAAGCGCAAAGGGCCUUGCAGUUUUGACCGUUUUUAAAGCUGGCUUCCUAGGUUCUGGUCGACUUGGGUCCGGCGUGGUCGUCGCACGACUAGCCGAUGGCUCUUGGUCUGCUCCUUCGGCUAUCGCAACUGCUGGUGGCGGUUUCGGUGGUCAGAUUGGCUUCGAAUUGACCGAUUUCGUCUUCAUCCUCAACGACUACAACGCCGUCCGAGCCUUCUCACAAUCCGCCUCCGUGACCCUCGGUGGGAACGUCUCCAUUGCUGCGGGGCCCGUUGGACGAAACGCCGAAGCGGCGGGGGCUGCGAGCUUGAAGGGUGUGGCGGGAGUGUUCUCCUACAGCAAGACAAAAGGCUUGUUCGCAGGUGUCAGUCUGGAGGGCAGUGUCCUGAUUGAGAGAAGAGACGCCAAUGAAAAACUCUACAAUGGCCGCGUCACGGCUAAACAACUCCUCGAGGGUGCUGUCAGGCCACCCCCUGCCGCAGAUCCCUUGAUGAGAGUCCUCAACACCCGUGUCUUCUCGGGUUCUGGCUACAACGAUAACAGCAUGUACAAUGACAUGCCUAUUUAUGACGACCAACAUGAUGAUGUUGUCUGGGAGGGCAGAACUGGCGAUGCCUACGGGGCGAAUGUGCGCAACAACCGGUCUUCCACAGUCACUUCAGCAGACGACAACUACGUUUACCGCGACAACCCUAACCCCCGACGAGCCAAUACCUGGGCUGAUGAUGUUUACGACCGAGCACCUGCUGGCCGGAACAAUGGCACACCCGACGCUUUCUCCAGCCGCAGUCGGUCGAGCACGUUGCAGAAUGAUUACAGUUACUCCGACAACAAGCCUACCAGACCUACGGCCCCGAAACCAGUCUUCAGACAGCGAACUGGGUCGCUACGCCCUGACCAAGCCAUUGCUCUAUUCACCUUUGAUGCGGACCAAGAAGGCGACUUGGGCUUCAAGAAAGGGGACAUCAUCACCAUCACAAAGAGAACAGAAAACAAGACCGAUUGGUGGACAGGACGGACCGAAGAUGGACGGACAGGAAUCUUCCCUUCCAACUACGUCGAAACGGCUUCAUGA